AUGGGCGACGAACCAAAAGAUUCACAAUUCAACAUCGUCACAGUCAAGCCACUGCACCCUACAUUUGCAGCGGAAAUCAGCAACGUGGACUUUUCAAAGCCAUUAUCAGAAGAAGUAUUCCAAGAAAUCCACAAAGCAGUCACCAAGUAUGGAGUUGUUGUGUUUCGACGUACUUGUCUAAACGACGAUAGCCAUGUUGCGUUUGCCGAACGAUUUGGCGAACUAGACGACAUUACCCCAUACAUUGCAGCGGGCCGGAAGCAUCGGUUGAAGCAUGUUCAGCUAUUCGAUGUUAGCAAUGUCGAUAUUGAUGGGAAUAUCCUUGAUCCCAACUCGCCUCGAGGCCAAGCGAACAAGGGAAACGAACUGUUUCACGUGGAUUCCAGCUUCAACCCACGGCGCGCCGGAUACUCGCUAUUACUUGCCCACGAACUGCCACCGGCUGGAUUAGGCGGACACACAGCAUUCGCCGACACACGUACUGCCUUUACCGACCUGCCCGAGCCGUUAAAGCAGGAGCUUCGCGAAAAGAAUUACAUUGCUGCCCAUUCCAUGCACCAUUCCCGGAAACUCGCUGCUCCGGAAUAUUUUGCUGACCUGGAACCACUCGACCACCAACCCAUGGGCCGGCAUCAGCUACUACAGGUACACGAAGCCUCUGGCCGGGAGAAUCUCUACAUCGCAGCCCACGUGCACCAUAUCGAAGGCAUGAGCGCCGAAAGGUCGCAGGAACUACGAGACAAGCUUUUUGCGCAUGCCACUCAAGAAAAAUACACGGUGGAAAUUCACUGGAAUCAGCCGGGGGAUUUGGUGAUUUGGGAUAAUACGUGUACUAUGCAUCGCGCUGUCGGGGGUCCGUUUGUUUCGAUGCAUAGGCGAGAUAUGCGUAGGGCGACUGUGCAUGAUUCUAGUUCGCAGGCUUGGGGGUUGAAUGAGCAUACGGAUGAAAGGGUUGGUCUUCCCUAG